CUGCACCCCAGCACCACGCAACCACACCGCUUCUGUGUCUCGUGGACAGGUGCUGGGCACUGAACGAGAACAUGGCCUACUGGUGGAUCAUCCGCAUCCCCAUCCUGCUCGCCUCCAUGAUCAACCUGCUGAUCUUCAUGCGGAUCCUCAAGGUGAUCCUGGCCAAGCUGCGCGCCAACCAGAAGGGCUACGCCGACUACAAGCUGCGGCUGGCCAAAGCCACGCUGACACUCAUCCCCCUCUUUGGGAUCCACGAAGUCGUCUUCAUCUUUGCCACCGACGAGCAAACCACGGGCAUCCUGCGCUACAUCAAGGUCUUCUUCACCCUCUUCCUCAACUCCUUCCAGGUGAGGUGGGGCCACAACCCAUCCCUGUCCUGGGCCAUAAGA